GCGCGCGCGGUGUUUAUUUGUAACACUGCUAUGUUUUAACUAAACACUGUAGGCGUUCUUUUUUUCAUUUCUGACAGAAACAGAGUUCUACACUGCAGGGAGGAAGGAAAUUGCUGCUUGCUCUGAAGCCAAGACGUCUUUAAGGGGCGAAAGGAUUUGCAUCAGCACUUGGAGAAAAACAAGGGAGUGAACAAACCAGGAUCUUCAGGAGAAUUAAGAUGCAGUGGUAUGUGUUGGUGCUGAUGCUCAGUUUGCCCUCUUUAUCCUGGGCUGGUUGCUCUGAACAGUGUCUCAAAUGCGCCUUGCAGAUCUCCGACUCACCGCUCAACCUGCUGACCUGUACUUUAGAGUGCGAUGGGACGCUUACAUCCAGCAGUGAGUUGGAUCGGUGCGAGAAGAUCUUAUGGGAACGACCUGAGGAGAACCUGCAGGAGCCGGUAGCGUCGAACCCAGUCAAGCGUUACGGAGGAUUCAUAAAAAGGAUCGAGAAAAACAAAAAAAACCUGCUUACUUCGCCCUGGAGGGAGAACGCUAUAGAAAAAGGGUCACUAGCAAAGAAAUACAGUGAUGCCAUGUUAAAAAUAAUCGAGAGAAAUGCGCCCGAGCUGACUGAGGAUGUCGAAGGGGAAGACGUUACCUCAGAGAAUGAAAUGGGACUUUAUGACAGUUCGUUUCCUCUGAACGAGGUGAAACGUUAUGGCGGCUUUAGGCGAAAAUUCGUCCCCAAAAGAAGCGAGUCUGAAGAAGAAACUGGUCAGCAGGAGCUGCAGAAAAGAUAUGGAGGCUUCAUGAGAAGAAUCCGUCCUAAAUUAAACUGGGACAACCAGAAGAGAUAUGGCGGCUUUUUACGGCGCCAUUUUAAAAUUUCAGUGCGUUCCGAUGAGGAGCCUUCGACAUUCGACGAAUUUGGCCUUUAGGGCGUUUUGUAAAGAAUGAAAAAGUAGCUGAACUUAUUACAAGCUCAUGAAGUCAUGACUUUCAGUUGUACUAGCCAACAAAAUAUGCUGCUAAACGUUUGGACCCCAUAUCCACUGUACAACCUGCUCUUUACGGUAUUCAUGUAUUAAUGAGUCCGCCAUUUUUGCUUGUCUAGAUGUAAACAAAUCCGAUGCGUGCUGUAUUUUAAUGCUUGUUUUGAAAUUACAAUAAAGGACGAAACCUUGAUAUACCAGA